GUUUUUCUUAAAAGGGGUUUUAAUUUCGCUCUCUCUCUCUCGAAAACAAAAAGAAGAGCUCCAGAUUUCGUGAAUUAAUGGCGGAUUAAUCUACUACAGGAGGACUACCUUAACCUUCCCUAACUCCAAUGGCGGAAGAACCAGUAGUCAAUCCUUGUUGUUCUGUGUGGAAAUUUCAAUACACGGAGGUCGUAGCGAAAAGGAAUGCUCUUCGAGAAGCCGUGAAGCUUCUCAAUGCUCAUAUCAAUAAGAUUCAGGCUGAGAAUCUUAGUAUCUCUAAAGCAUUAGAGGAAGAGCGAGCACGAGUCGAGGCAGAGAAGCAGGCAAAAGUUAAAGAAUCUGGUGUUAGAGUAGAGUUAGAGAAUGAGAUCCUGCAGUUGAAAUCAGAGAUUACAUCCUUACAGGAAACUGCGUUUUCAAGAGGUCUGGAUGAAGAGUUGCUUCAGUCCCAGGUUACAGAAGGGGAAGCAGAAAUUAAACGUCUCAAGGAGCUUCUUGAGAAAGAAAAGAAGAGGGGAGAUGCUGAAAAAAAGAAGGCAGAAGCUGAGAAGAAGAAAGCUGCAGAAGCAUUGAAGCUAUUGAAAGCUGAAACAAGUAAAUUGGAUGGAGGAAAACAGCUGGUUGAUAAUGAUCUGAUCCAGAAGCAGGUUUCUGAUGGGGUAGCUGAAAUAAAUCGUCUCAAGGAGCUACUGGCGAAGGAAAAGAAGAGAGGUGACGUUGAAGAAAAGAAAGCUGAGGCAGAAAAGAGAAAAGCUCUAGAAGCUCUCAAGUUACUGGAAGCUGAAAAGAGUAAAUUGGAUGGAGAAAAACAGCUGAUUGAUAAAGAUUUGAUUCAAAAGCAGGUCUCCGACAAGGUUGCUGAGAUAAAUCGUCUUAAGGAACUACUGGCCAAAGAGAAGAAGAGAGGAGACUCUAAAAAAAAGAAAGCCGAGACAGAAAAGAAAAAAGCUCUGGAAUCACUCAAGUUACUGGAAGCUGAAAAGAGUUUGAUUGAUGGAGAAAAAAAGAAGGUUGAUAUGGAAAGAAAUCGAGCUGAGGAACUUAAGACCACUUUGGAAGCCUUGCAAUCCGAGGCUAGUGAAGCCAGAAUAAAACUCGCUACAGAGAGAUCAAAGAAUGAAGAAGCACAGAGAAAGCUAGAAGCUGAGAAAAACAAGGCAAAUGUGGAGAAGAAAAGAGCAGAUUCCGAAAUGGCAAAAGCAGAACUACAGAAGAGGUCUGCUGAAGAAGAGAGAAAGAAGCUAUUGAAUGAAAAAAAUAGGUCAGAUCAAUUGUCUAGGAAGUUGGAGGAGGAAAAAAAGAGGAGUGAAGAAUUGGAAAGGAAGGUGCAGGAUAUCAUGUACACUGAGAACUUGGAGAAGGUCCGUCCUGAAGAGUCGGAUAGACAGCAUGAAACUGAGCAGUUGGAGGAGAGGCUGAAAAAUCAGCAAUUGCAGAAGGUGGAAUUCGUGUCUGCUAGAGAAGUGGAAAAUGUGAACUCAGAGGCUGCGAAUGCAAAUGUGGUGUUCUUAGAGAAACAGUUGGAGCUUGAAAAGAAGCAUGUAAAGCAUACUAAAAAGGUGGCUAAAUUUGAAAAAAAACGAAAUAAUUUGCUACAGCAAGAAAUCUGCCGCUUAAAACAGGAUCUUUUCCAAUUCUGUCAUCGAGUUAAUUUGCUAGACGGCUGUUUCUCUCAUGGAGACGAAGGUAUAGAUGCUUCAGCAAAGAUCAGCAACCGAUUGUGUGUGCUAGAUACAAACUUGAAGGGUAAGCUUUCAGGUAAGAAAUCAUGUGAAAUGUGUUGUGAAGGCGAAAAUGAGGUUCUUAAAGCACAUCACACUACCAAGGAUGGCUGUGACCAUGUUGGUGCAGCAUUAGCAUUGUAUGGUGGCAGCUGUACCAAACCUUUAUCAGGUAUUAGUUCUGAAUUGGAAUCUGUGAUGGAAGGUUCUGCCAGAAACAAGUCACAGAACUCUGCCAUAUAUUCCACUACCGCAUCUUUUUCUGAUAGAACAUUGGUGGGCUCACAGGGAAGAGGCGAUUUUUCUUUGACAACAUCGCCAAAAGUUUCAGAGGAGAACAAAAGCAAAGGACCCGAGUUUCCGAUAGUGUCUGAUAAGAUUACCACAUUGAAUCUUGGAGUUGUGGCUGAAAAUAAAAUCACAAGUCAAAAUGGGCAUGAUAAUGUCAAAAUUGAUGGCAUGUCUCCUUCACGUAGCAGGAAAAGGAAGAGGUCUCGAGAUACAGUGGAAUCCAUUAAGUUUAUGAGUGAUGAUAAUAAAUUACUGAAGAGUAUAGAUGGUAAACUCUCCACUCUACAUGAUAUGAUAGUCUUAAAUAGCAAUCUGGCUCCAGCACCGAAGUCCAUUGUCUCAGAAGAUGGGAGAUGUCAGAUUUCCACAUCAGAGGAUGAUCAAUAUGACAACAAUCACAGAACCAAAAGAAAGAAAAAGCUGCUGGAGGAACAGGCUGAUGUGCAGCAGAUAGGGAAUAAAGCAAUCGAAAUGCAUGGGUUUGUAAAAGACUGCACCCAAGCCUUUUCAAAUGUGAACCAGUUCUCUGAAUCAGUUGAUGCAAUUAGGACCAAUGAAAAUGAUAUUUCUUGGUUUGAAAACUUGGCCGGUGUGGAUUUUAUGAAAUUGCUGGAUUUGGAUGAUGCGGCUGACGAGGAGAGAUAUAGAAUGGCAAUGGAAAGGCCUCAAUCACCUACACUGCCUGAAAUCAACUGGGGGUACUUCGAAGAAUGUGAAAAAGAUAACUGUUCACCAGAGCAAGGCUUGUCCAGUGUAUUGGACAAAACUGUAGGGAACGUCUUGCCAUCUUGCAGCUUAAAUGUCAUUCGAAUGGAAAUUGAUUCCGACAUAUUGAAAUCUAGAAACUCUGAAAGUCAUGAUCUCUCAUUAAUGCAUCCUAACGUGUCUUCGUGUAAAACAAAGACACUAUUGAUGAACAAUGAUGGCUUACAUAGUGCUACAGAGUUGAGAGAGACUUCUGCCUGUCAAGUCAUGGUGUCAACUGCCGAAACUCCGCUGGUACAGCAUACGUCCAUUCCCGAGUCUACUGUUCUAUGUGCAAGUGAUGGUGGAUCUACAUGCAAAAUAAUUUCAAAAUACAUUGUUUGUCCAGACACCAAGGCUGAAAGCAGCAUUUCAAGGAUAAUUUCUGCAAGUGAAGCUUGUAUAUCUAAGGUGUCAAUGGUUCCUAAGACCGACUGGGUUGUUGACAAGAUUCUGUUUGCUCUUUCCAUGGAACAAGGUCUUCUACCCAAGGAGAGAGCCUGCACAUUCUUUUCGUUGUUGCUUUACAACUUCUCUUUGAUCCUCUCAACGAAAUACAGAAACUUCUUGAGUGAAGAGUUUUCUGUUUGCUCGGCUUCUUUCAUGGAACACAUGCAAACAGUAAUGUGUGACUCAGAGACAAAGCACAUGCUUUUGGAGUUAUGGGAGAUGGACGCUGUACCCAGACUCAUUCAGGAUUUCCUCACAGAUAGAGAAGUGCUGCUUUACAACAAGUUAUCUCAUGAACAGUUUGCCUCGCGUGAUUCUGGGAGUGUUGUCACGCUUUCUGUAAACGGCAUAAACCUUGGGGUGUCCUCUAAUACGGCUACAAUUGAGCAGUUGGUGAUUGUAAGCAUUGGUGUGGCAUCUAUAUCUGCAGCAAUUGGCGACGUUGGUUUCGUUUGUGAAGUAUCAUAUGAUAUUAUUCAGAAGCACAAAUCUGAUUCUCACUUUUCUCUGACGGUACUCCAUGUUUUCGCUUCUAUAUGUGGGAAACAGUACUUCACCUCCGAUGGCUACAGUUUGAUGAUGACUGUUAUUAAAUCUAUAGUUGUACUUCUGGAGAAAGGUGAUGAAAGGGCUAGUGAAAGCCAACCUCGAUUUCCUCAAUGUGCACAUUGCAUAUUUUCAGAAGAUGCAGUUCCUGUAGAUAAAGUUAUGUCUUUUCUUUUGAAAAAGCUUCAUAGCUACUAUCUCUCAGGGGGCUUAUCAAAUUCUGAUGCUUCUGGUGCAUUUAGAGGUGAACAAUGCCCUGAGGAUGAACUGUGCCUUGAAUCUUAUUCUGAUGUCAACGGGAUCUCCUACAGCGCCAAUGACUAUCUUUCUUUGGUGGAACUAGUGUCGCACUAUAUGAGUUGGAAGUGGACUUGCAGCAACACUAUCCCUCGACUUCUUCAGAUGUUGGAUUCCUGUGUCUCUGAGGAAUUCACAACUGCUGUUCUUCUUCUUCUUGGUCAACUGAGAAGGCUUGGAGAUCACAAUAGUGGUGAGCAGAUAGGAGUUGAAGAGGAUGUAAGACGCACGUUAUCUUCCUUUUUGGAUCAGAACUCUAAAAGAAAAUGUGGUCUUCCCAUUCAAUUUGCCGCUACACAUGCUUUGAUUGGUCUGCUCUCCAUCGAAUUUGAAGAUAUCAUUCAGGGUAAGGAACUUCCUGCUAACUGUUACAGCGAUGUUAUAAGGAAUUGGUUUUCCAACCUUAGCGAAGAGAAAAAGUCCCUGCCCAUUAGCCUCCUCAAGUCUGCCAAUGUACAUGAGUGAGAUGCUUCGCGUUUGCCAGAACUAACCGACAAUCAUAUGGCGUAACCCUGACUUCUACUAAGGCGGCUGUUGAAGCGCUUAAGAUUCUGAAAUAUGUAAGAUUUGUUGGAUGGAGUCUGGAUAGGCAUAACUAUUUUCUGCUGUAAGGCACUUUAGUUGGCUUUGUGAUUCUCUUCUGGUAAAUUUAACAGGUUUUGGAUGUCUAGGAUGCCUUCUGGGUUUAGGAUAAAAGGCUGUGUCUGUCUCACCUGCUGCGGAUGUAUUUAGCCGCCGACAAUGGUAUGGCUUCUCAUCUUGUUUCAGAGACUAUUGGGGGAAAACAGUAGUGGAUCUGUUAAAUGCUGGAAGUAGGUUAGCCACUUUAAGUGGUUCGUAUAGUUUCUUUGAGUUACAAGCUCAUUUGUCGCCAUAGUUUUGUAAUGUGUUAGUGUUGGGAGAGUUUUGAUCAUAAACACUAGGAUGUUCUAUUGAAGCUAGGUUACAAACUCUUGAAGUAGAUCAAUUCUUUUGAAGAAGCUGUAUAUAUAGUUCUGUACACAGAGUGGGAGGGCUAUUUCUCUACUCCUGCCAUGUUCCAAUUUUGUAAUGCAGCUUUUCUUGCAAUUUCUA